AUGCUGGGCAGGUCUCCUCAUCUUAUCGGGGGUAUUUUAUGGAUCCAGAAUCCAAUGAGAGCUGUCCACUGCAACCUGAGUCAGAAUGGCAUCGACCACCAGAUGUACCCAGAGGAUGUCGAAUCACAGCUAGAUGAAGUGGAGGAGUCUGUUGACGGCCCCCCAGUGCUGCUGGAUGACGACAGCCCAGGCUACCAUGACAUCAGCCCGUCCAUUUUUCAGCGCCAUAUGCCACCACAUCGCUCAGUGUCCGAAUCUGAGCUCUCACGGCCUGGACAUGUGAAACUGUCCAAACCCGUGGCUCUGUGGACCCAACAAGAUGUCUGCAAAUGGCUGAAGAAACACUGUCCGAAUCAACAUCAGAUAUACAGUGACUCCUUUAAACAGCAUGAUAUCACAGGGCGGGCUCUGAUGAGAUUGACGGACCGAAAGCUGGAGAGAAUGGGCAUCAUGCAGGAAGCAGAGAGGCAGAACAUCCUACAACAGGUCCUGCAGCUCCGUGUCCGAGAGGAAGUUAGGACCCUUCAACUUCUUACGCAAGGUCAGAUUUUGCCCAUCGAGUGCAGGGCUUUCCUCAUGGUCGUCUGCAACCUGCAGCCUUUGGGUCAAACUUCAGGAUGGCUCUUGACGGUGGGUCAGGAGGAAGACGAAGAACAUGGCCGAACCACCGGAUGA